AUGGUGUGUAGGCAGUGUAGUGACAUGGUGUGGGUGUUGUAUGGUGCUUUACUUGCCAUACCCAUAGCCACCACCACGUCCACCACGGUAACCACCAUAACCACCAUAUCCACCAUAACCACCUCCGUAACCGCCGCCAUAGCCACCGCCAUAGCCGCCACCAUAUCCACCACUAUACAGGUUGAAACUCUGAUGACCGACACCUCCUACACCAUAGCCGCCAUGUCCGCCAUAGCCGCCGCCAUAACCACCAUAGCUGCCGCCAUAACCACCAUAGCCGCCGUGUCUACCUCCAUAGCCGCCAUGUCCGCCAUAGCCGAGACUAGCCUGAGCCACGGCAGCCAUGACAGCCAGGCAGACCACCACAAGCAGGCACCUCUGUUGACGCCAAGCAAAGUAAGGCACAGCCUCACCUCCCCCACGCCAGAUGUCACGCACGCAGGUGACCCACAUUGCCGCGCAGGUGUGACAAAGCUCAGCGUCACCGUCACCACCACUGCCGGCAUAAUGAGACUCCUAAUGUAUGUGGCUGUGGUGGUGUUGAUCACGCAAGCACUCGCAGCUCCACAAGGCGAAACACACGGUGGAGGAGGUGGAGGACACGGUGGAGGAGGAGGAUACAGUGGAGAUGGAGGAGGAUAUAAUGGAGGUGAAGGAGGAGAGUACAGUGCAGGAGGAGGAUAUAGUGGAGGAGGAGGGCAUGGUGGAUCAGUGCACGGUGGAGCAACUCAUGGAGGAGGCCACGGUGGAGGAGCAGACUACGGCGGUGGAGGCUACGGUGGAGACGGUGGAUUCAGCACUUCAAGCUUCAGUAUAGGAGGCUACGGUGGUGGAGAUGGUGGAGGCUACAGUGGAGGACCGGGAGGUGGAGCAGGUGGACAUAUUGGAGGCUAUGGUGGAGGAGGAGCUGGUGGAGGCUUCAGUGGAGGAGCUGGAGGUCACAUCAGUGGAGGUUAUGCAAGAGGAGGUGGAGGAGGCGGUAAUGAAGGCUACGGUGGAGACUACAGUGGAGGAAGUGGAGGAGGCGGUGAUGGAGGCUACGGUGGAGACUACAGUGGAGGAAGUGGAGGGCACAGUGGUGGAGGUUACGGUGGAGGAGGUGGAGAUUCUUCAUCCAUUUCCUUUUUCUUAGGUGGUCAUAGUGGAGGUGAUGGUGGUUACGACGAGGAGAGGAAUUGCCACUCUAACUUUAGAGAGAUUAAUAUUCACAAUGACUUAAAGGUGAUAUAG